AUGGUCUUACCUGGGAAUUGUUCCACAUCAGCGGCACUAUGUAUGCAUUUCCUCACCCAACUCGCCUCCGUCGCCAUCGACUCGGCGUAUUCUACACCUGCAGUUCCAUCCGCCGUGCCCAACUACCAUCACAAUCCUCAUGAAAAACUCUUCAUAUCCUACCGAUCAGUGCCGCCACCAGCACCCGCACCGUCAUCUGCUGCAGUUCCUAUCAGAUUCAACUCAUACUCAUCAGUCGGCUCCAAUAUCAGGGGACUCAACUCGGCAACUCUCCACCCUGGAAGUAUGGAACCUCCGCUGACACCUGGAAACUAUCGAUUGUAUAGCAUGAGGUUUUGUCCGUACGCGCAGAGAGUGUUGAUCUACCUCGCCAAGAAGAAUAUUCCAGUCGAAGUAGUCAACGUCAAUCCGGACCGCAGCCCCAACUGGUACCUCGCCAAGUCCCCCAUCGGCCGAGUGCCCGCCCUCGAAAUCAACGGAAAAGUGGUGUGGGAGUCGAAUGUGAUCGUUGAGUACCUUGACGAGCUGUUCCCAACGACUACAGUACUCCCGAGAGACGCGUUCGAAAAGGCGCAUCAGAAGAUUCUCGUCGAGCGAUUAUCACCGAUAAUGAACGCAUUAUUCGAGUUCUACAGUAGCUCGAAUAAUCAACAAGCCCAACGACAGAACGAUAUGAAUGUGCAUAGUGCUCUAAGAAACGCCGAAAAUCUGCUCAGGGACUCGUUCUAUGGAGGCCGCCAACCUGGCUACGCUGACUACUUGACAUGGCCGUUUUUGGAGCGUCUCCAGAUGCUGACGAUGUCUCAGAACUCACAAUUCAGGUAUUUCCCUGGAUUGCACUACCCAAAAAUUGGAGCAUACAUUGCCAGAAUGCAGAAUCAGCCGGAGAUCAAAUUUUCGUCCCGCCCACUGACACACCACAAAGCGUAUCUCGAUAGCUUUGCCAUGGGAAUGCCGAAUUAUGACUUUGGAAUCUAUGGGAAGAACUAA